GUUUGCGGCCUUUCGCCCCCUCACUUUCCUCUUGCCUGGCGUCGGCCACCGUUUAUGGGCGUAUAAAACUCGCGCAAACCGUUGCGUCUUUUCUCCGAUCGCGAUUUCUGGAUGGCCGCCUCUGGGAUUUUCCGCUUCGCAUCUCUCAAGACCAUGAUCUUUUGCUUCGUUUUUUCGUGUUUUUGGUCUCAUUUUCUCAACAAGCACAGAGAUUACCUUUAGGAGGUGAAGGUAGGGAAGAAAGGGGAAGGAGGAGAAGGGAGGAAUGGGGAAAGGAAAGGGCCGCCGUCGAGCUGCUUCAUUCUUUGCUAGCGAUGACGAAACCCUUAGUACGGUUUCAACAGCUGAGUCGUCCGAGCUUUCAUUGGCGCCAGAAGUCGAUGAGGUUCGCAGUGAUACAGCUGAACUCGAUAACUACUUGGAUGCUCUUUAUGAGAAGAGGUUAUCAACCAGAGAAGCUGGACUAAAUGGCUUGUGCAAGGUACUUAUGAGUGGGAUACAUGUGGACUUUGCAGUAGACAAGGGUGAAACUUUGCUCCAUCAGUGUGUUUCCAUCCUCAAAAAAGGUGCUGCUUCUGAGAUUUCCUUGGCUGCACGUGUGUUGGGCUUGCUUAUUAUUACGGUAGGAGAGAGUGAAUUGGCUCCUAUGAUAUACAGUGAAUCAAGUUCCCAUCUAUCUCGCAUUUCUAAACAGGGAACAAAUGUUGCUAGUCGUGUUUCGGCACUGAAAUCUCUUGCUAUUAUGACCUUUGUUGUGGGCAAUGAUGAGGAUACAGAUACCACGCUGAAUGUUCUCUGGCAAGUUGGUUCAUAUAAUAAGGCUUUAUUCGCCAAUAAGGCCUCUGGAAUCACUGAGCCAAAUCAUGAAGUUAGGGCAGCUGCGCUAACUUCAUGGGCAUUCCUUCUGACGACUGCAACUGCAGAACAAAUUGACUCUUUUUGUCUGAAAGGAUUCAAUGCUUUGAUUCCACUGUUAAAAAUGGAUGAACGAUCUGUGCGGCUUGCUGCUGGAGAAGGGAUUGUUAUAAUCUUUGAGAGGGCAAACAUAAGUGCAUCCAAAUUUGAUGAUGGAGAGCCCUUCGAGUCUGUCAGUGGAAACUUGUCAAGAAGUACAUAUGAAGAUGUUAUCCAUCAAAUGAAGGAUCUCUCAAUCGAAGCUGGUGGAAGAGGAACAUCAAAGAAAGAACUGGGUAGUCAGCGUAGCUUUUUCUAUGAUGUUCUGGCCUACAUAGAGGAGGGAGUAGGACCAGAUGUUUCUGUUAAGUUGAGCAACUCUGAAUGUUUGAGGGUUACUUCCUGGAUGCAGUCAAUACAGAUGAACAUGUUCAAAAACUUUCUUGGAGGUGGCUUUCAGACACAUUUGCUGGGCAAUACUUUUCUACAUGAUGUUUUUGAUUUUAAACCAAAACAGAGCAAGAAACAAGUAUUAUCAACAAAGGAGAAGAGGAUGUACUUGUCACCAAAUUCGGUUUUAAACAAGGCCAGAACUCAAGAGUUGAACAAGCAAAGGUCAAAUGCUCGGGUUGGUAAUUAUGGACACUACAGCAUCAACGUGGUCGAGGAUUAGCUGUAUGUUUGGUCUGAAGUAUUAUUGGUGAAGGCCCUUUAAUUUCCUCAGUUUGUAUUGUAGAUGCUGCCUCCUGUAACUUUUCUACCGUGGGGAAUUGUUUGUAGUUUAUACAAUUUUUUGCAGGGGCCAAAUUUAGGUACUUGGUUGGCCACUGCCGGCAUGAAUGUUGUUAAUGCAUGUAAAUGCUAGAGUUGGAUCUCCGAAAGUGGCUGGGAUUUGUAUUCCGAUGCAAUGCGAACAUCAGUGAAGAUCAAACAACGUUUCUGAUUGAUGCUUUUA